UUUUGGUCAUUUGAAAACAUGGCUCUGCAGUUCACCGACGCGGAUUUUCAGGAGGCAUGGAGGGAGCUGGACGAGCCUCAGUUGGAAGGAGAAUGGGAGAUUUUUACAGAGACCACUGGCGUGAAAAUCUACCGACUUUACAGAAAGGAAACAGGCCUUUAUGAAUAUAAAGUGAUGGCCACACUGUCCAGCUGUUCUCCGGAGCAAUAUGCAGAUGUUUACAUGGAUCUAGCCUACAGGAAGCAGUGGGACACGUAUGUCAAAGAGCUCCAUGAGAAAGACUGUGAUGGACAGAAGUUCAUUUACUGGGAGGUGAAAUAUCCCUUUCCCCUGGCCAACAGAGAUUAUGUGUAUGUUCGGGAGCGCAGGGACCUGCAGGUAAACGGGAGGAAGAUCUGGGUGGUGCUGGCGAGGAGCUCGACUGUGUCUCAGUGCCCUGAGAAGUCUGGAGUGAUCAGAGUAAAGGAUUACAAGCAGAGCGUCGCCAUGGAGGAUGAUGGAGCCCAGGGCACAAAAGUCUUCAUGAACUACUUUGAUAAUCCUGGAGGUAACAUCCCAACGUGGGUCAUCAACUGGGCGGCCAAGAGUGGAGUUCCAGGGUUUCUGAAGGACAUGCAGGAUGCGUGCAUUAAAUACUCCAACUACUGCAAGAACAGGAAGUGAAGUGCACUUUCCCCUUUGCUACUCCUCUCUCUGUCUACUUGUCUUUUCUGAACCUUCUAAUCACUCAUACAGCUGAUUUUCUCGUGCUCAAGAAGGCUACAUUGGGGUACGUUAAUAUGGGCUAUAAUGUUGCUCCUGGAGGAAAAUCAGAAAUGGCAAAAAAAUAGUAGGUAGUAAAAUAUCCAAUCAAAGAAUUCAGAGCAUCAAACACACUUGCAUUUAAUCAACUGUUUCCCAACCAUUUUCAGCCGGAUUACACUUGGUGUAAAUAUCCCCUUCUGCUUCCUUCUCCAGCCUUUGACCACUUGACUGUCAGGACGUCGCAUCGUGAACAAUCACAAUAUCAAAAAUCCAAGUAGUCGGCUCUCAUAAUCGCAGCUCUCCAGGAGGGUUUUGUGAUGCAAAAAAACAUUCAUUGACGUGUUCCUGCUCAAAUGUGCAAUAAAAACCAGUGCUCAUUUAUAAAUAAUUUGCAGAAGAAGUUGCAGUAUGGAUUGGAGAAGAAAGGUUGUGGCAAUGUUUUCUAUGGAGAUGUAAAGGCACUGCAAUCCUAAUACACACAUCUGAUUGGUCACCGAGGAAUUUGGUUGGAUCCUUAGUUUCCAUUGGCCGUUAAAAGCCUUUAUUACUGACACUCCGUCACACGAGUCCGAAAUAAGCUACAAAACUCGUCUCUUUGCACUUCUACAGCAAAUAAACGCCGUUUGGGCGUAGAUUCAUAUUGUUACAAUAGAAUAUCAGCUAAUACCAGCAUUGCAUUUUGGUUCCCCAACAAAACACUGAAUUACAUUUAUAAGCGAUAUCAUGGUGAUAAACAAACAUUACUUAUAAACUAUGAGGCAGGAUUUCACACUGCUAGAUUUUUGCCUGAAUAAUAACCACCAGCACCAGUGCCUUUUUUUUUUUAGUCUUCUAAAAUAAUGUCCUUUAUUUCUCCUAAAAAUCAUACACAAUAAUUUCAUCAGUAUAUAGCUGCAAAUCUUAUGCAUUCCAUCAUGCACACACGUUUUCAUUUACACGCUCGCUGUGAUCCAUGCAGCUUUCUCACGUGUACAAUGGAGAAUGCAUGUAGAGCUCCCCCUGCUGGCUGAAUGGUAUAUUGCUGAAUAUUCUGUCACAUAAAAAAAUUAAUGCAAAAUUAAUUUAAAAACACUUUUUUCUUCCUUCCUUUUUAUAUAUAAAAAAAGACACUUCCAACUCUAACCAUAAUAUUUUUGGACUUGCUCCAUGACACUGUGGACCGACAGGAAGAUUGUGUGCACUUUAUAUAGGAGACAGAAAUAAACUGUAGAAAGUGAUAUUCCACAUAUAUAUAAUAUGUAUAUCUAUGAGAGAGGUUUAUAUUCGGUGCACUGGAAAAUAUUUAAAACCGUUAUACAAAAUAUUUUACUGUAAAUGAGUUAAAGGAGCACUUUUUGGGGGGGAAAAUCCAAUAUGCACAAUUUAAUGUUUACUGCAGAUGUACUUGAUCAGUUAUGUUUGGUGUUUUUAAUGUUGGGUUAGUUUUUCUUUGUCUUUUUUUUCCCAAUUUAUAUAUUAAUUAUUUCAUACAUUUUAAAUAUAUAUUCUGAAAUGUGUGGCUUUUAUUUGGUGUGAUUUUUCUGCAUUUUUCCCCUUUGUGCAUGACUACCUCUUAGAAUGUGUGUACAUUUUAUUCGGCUGUGGUGUGUGUAUUUCUUUCGGCUGUUUGUCACUGAUUGCAAUAAAUUGAUGAUUAAAUAAAAUAGAGAUUGACAACAGAUACUUA